AAAACAUUUCUGAUUGCUUUGAAUUUGUUUUCAGCAUCUGCCACCUUCUUACCCCACUUUGGCAAGAACGUUAUCGGUAAAGCAACAGGAUUAGAUGAGUAUUCUGCCCCUGCAGCUCUUACUAUUCUCUUUUUGUGCGUCAGUUUGGUUCUGGUCACCUUCGUACUAAAUGAAAACAACUGUUCACCGAUAGGUAGGUUUAUUCAUAUUUCUGUGGUCUUUAAGACUAGUUUAGCAAUGGAAAAUUUUGUUCUAUUUUUUUAAUACGUUCACAUUCAAUUCCUUCUUCACAUUUGUUUUCCAGGUGGCUCAGAUGCUGGCACAUCGGUAAAAAGCUUGCUCAGGUCACGUGGUGUACUUUUGGGUCUGAUGCUGUAUCUUUUGAAUGGUUUUGUGACCACAUGGGUGGGAUUUGUACUGCCUUUGAUCGCGUACAACCAUUUCCAUUUUAUAUUGCACAAAUAUGGCUGGCUAAUGGUCGGCGUGUCUGCAUCAAAAGCGGUUUUUCGGCAAAAUCGCCGGGGGCGAAGGGGUUAGGGCGCCAAAAAAAAUCCUGGCGCAGCCCAAAGACGAAAAAAAAAUUCUUACCUAGACGAAAUUGUCUACCCCUCCCCCCACCCCCCACUCAAAAAUGGUCCCCCCUUAUGCAGUGUUAUGUUUCCUUUCUUUUUUUUUUCGCUUGUUCUCGCUCUUUCAUACCUUUUAUGGGCAUCACGCAGUCCUAAAACCCGACAGGCUGAAUGCACAAAAAGAUUGUUCAAACCAUUCUGGACACUUGUCGCGCAGGAAGGCAAUCUCCGUCUAACCAAAUGCUCCACCAAGCUCCUUAGUGGGGGAGGGUCGGGAAUUGGCAACUUUUCAUCCCACUGGAGUACUCUAGUUUGCAAGGUUGUUUGGUCGAAAGAGUUCUGCAAAAUAUCAAUGAGAACGUGAAGUUCUAGCCGACCUGACAUGGUAUAAGAAUGGAAGUGAACAACGUGUUGUUUAAAUUGUCAGAUUUUUUUAAACCAAGAGUUUAAACCUAUUUCAGAAAACAAACUAUGCUCCAAUUUCUGGAAAAAAUCCUUUUCCUGAAGGUUCACAUCUUUUAAAAUUAAGUUUGGAGUUUCGCAAUUAAAGGGAGAUGAAGAGGUCAUUCUGUAUCGAAGAGAAAAAAAUAUUACACUUCAAUCCCGAUUGUUGUUUGACAACAAAAAAUUAAAGUAAGGUAAUCGCUCACCUGCGCACAUCUUGAUUCUUCUACUAUCUCUUUCUCGGAUGCAUAUUUUGUUUUUGUCGCUGUGAACAGAAGUGGAGAACAGAAAUUCUUGUUGUGUAAUGCGCUCCUGCAAAGGCGAUGACGCCACAAGCGAUACAUCGUUGUAGAGACUAAGUCUCUCUAGCAUUACCCUCUCGCUUCCUUAGUUUUUCGGUUUUAAAAAUAGCAAUGACAUUUCGUGGAAAGGAAAAGUGCCAAGGGAAGCGGAACUAGGAUUUUGUAUGAUCUAAUCAAUCGCGGCAUGUCACGGGGCAAAGGGGCAUUCCCUUUUUUACAUGAGAUGCGCUUUGAGUGGGUUGCGCUGCUAACGUCAAAGUGGAAUCAAGAAAUGUGUCAUAAUCCAAAUUUUGUUCCUUUUUUUGUGGAAAAGAAUUGUGAAAUUGGUUUAAACGGAAGUGCAGACUAGUCACGCGCUCUGCAAAGAUCUGGUAAUAUUUGCAUCUAUUUUUACUCACGUUUUAAAUCAAAGCACAUUUAUAUCAUCUCGACUUUUUAGGGAAAAGUAUAAUCAUGUAGAGGCGUCCUGCCGCUCCCGAUCAUACCGUUGCUGGCGACAUACAUUUCGCUGACCUGUAAAAGAACUCAUUCCUAAACCAGCCGUGAGCAAAUAGAGCUUUCAUGAUGCCUCUAAGCAAGACGAACAUAGCCGUGGUUUUUCUUGUAGGUUUCGUCAAUUAUUUGGAAUGGGCCAUUGUAAUGACUUCAAUAUACCCGUAUAUUCUUUCGGUAAGUAGUCACUGACAUUUCUACGUUUGUAAAAAUAAUUACAAAUGCAACUGGAUCAUGGAAAAUCAGUAUUGUAAAUGAAAUGGCUUAAUUAAUAGCGAUCAGAAACUGGAAGUUGUUUCACGCGCAUAAAAUCACUCUUUCUUUUGGACGGGUUAUUGCAAUUAAUUCAAUUUUGCCUUCAGAAAAACUGAAAUAAAUAGAAAAUAAGAUCAGCAAUGUCCUGAUAUCUUCGCGCUCAUAAUCGAAAACACACUGAGAUUUGAGGAUUUACGGUUUCCGGUGGAUUUUGGAUUUUUAAAUACGGUGCCUUUUAUGUCGUUUUAACAGAGUAACGAGGUCAAAAAAUAAAUAAAUAAAAUAGGUUAAGCGAAAGCAUUGGCAUUUUAUUAAAUCACAAGCUGUUGCUUUCCCAAAACUGCCCUUUCUAUAAGAAUAUAUGUUAUAACAAUAUCAAGGCUAAAAUUUGCGAAAUUUUAAGAUUAUUUUAAGAAUUAAAAAACUGUAAAUACAAUACAAUUAUAUGUUUUCAACUUAUUCCAUUCUCUAAAGGGCAAAACUUGUCAACAAAACGAAAAAUCCUGCACUAACUAUAAUUGAUACCCCAAAAUAUUCUAAAAGGGACAUGUCAUAAGCGAUAAUUUAAGAAUAAUACAAGAUUGUUUUCAGCUUUAAAAAUCCAUUGCGUGACUACAUUGUAACACUUCUCCUCGUUAAUCUUGCAGAUGUCUAGCAAUACUUCUUCUUCGGCGGCCUAUCUCUCUUUAGCUCAAAGCCUGUUUCCAUUGGGUCAAGCAAUCUCUCAACCAGUAGCUAGCCUGCUUGUAAAAAAGCUGCGACAGAUUAAGAUUGUCCUCAUCGGUUCUAUCAUAAUUGCCAUUGGCGGGAACGUGACAUACAUGGCAGCGGAUAGAGCGAAUUCUGUUGCGCUGAUUAUCCUGGGAAGAGCUUUAGCUGGUUUUGGGGCAGGUAAGGUGGGGUGGACUGAAUUCAUUUGCCGUUAAUUCGUAUACGGUUUUCUUUUUCAAUAACAAUUAAUGCUGAAUUAGAAUAACUGUUUUUUCGAGUUUUGAUGAAGACGAUUAUUCUUUGACACUGCUGGAAACACCUUGUGUGUGGGGAGGGGGAGGGGGAGGGCUACGAAUUUGACCCCCAACCAAACAAACAUAAACUUUUGUAAAGUUCUGCGAUUUUGCAGAGUUACAGUUAGUUUUUAACAAAUAUCGUUUAAACUUGGCAACUUUACUGAUUUUAAGGCGUUUCCAGCCACAAAUUAUCGCUAACUGGCGCCAGUUUUAAGUUGAAAAAACUGUGGAAGAAUCUGUUAUGUUGCUACCGCUACCAAUCUGUCUGAAGGCUUCGUUUUGACGGUUAUCUCCCGGGCGGGGUGUACUCCCGUAUUUAAGCUAUAUAGGUAUGUGCCGCCCCAAAGGAUAGGGUUUUUGCGCCGUUUUGGUCAGAAAACGGGUAUAGACUUUGCUUAUUUUGGUCUGAAAUCGGGUAUGGUUUUUAGGCGAACUACGGGAGUGUACGAACGUAUUAAUUCUUUCAAUUCCAAAUGAUUAAGAAAGAGAGAAAUAUGCGAGUUCGAAAUGGUUUUCAGAAAUCUUUUUUGUUGCUGUUCUAAUCUAAGUAAUUAUGACAUAAUCUCUUAAAGGCCAGGUCUGAGAAUGCGUAUGUAUUUUGGAGGCCAGGUCUGAAAACGGGUGUGAAAAAUGACAUUUUUUGGUCUGAAAUAGGGUCCCGGAUUUGGAGAACCGGACGGCACUCCGCACACCCCUGCCAAAAAUUCCUAGGAGUACCCCCGGGGGAUAUCUCUUGAAGUGAACAAGAAGGAAAGAUAAGUUUGAUAUUUUAAAGUGACUGCUGAUAUGUGACCCUUCCUACUAGGUAGCGGAGGAGUAGCUUAUGGUUUUAUAGGUGCUAACACCAGCCGAGAAAGCCGCACCAAGUUUAUGUCUUAUUACAGGGUUACGUGUAUGGCUGGAGUAAUGUCCUCCACGAUUGGUGAGUUUCUGAUUAUUCACGCCAGGAGCCCGUACCACUCCUGAUCGAUUAUAUAAGUAUUGGUAUCAAUUUUUCGUUCCGCGACCAGCCACAUUUUGCAGGCUGGUCAUUACAAUUGGCAGUUCUAACAACAACAAAUACACUCAAUAUUUUUACUUUAUUUUUAGUGUGUUAUUAUAAAUACCACUUUAUUUUUAAUAUUUAUUGUCGUCAUCAUCAUCAGAUCGUCGUCACCAUCACUGUCUUCAUCAUCAUCAUCAUCAUCAUCAUCAUUUCAUCACCAUUAUCGUCACUACCGCCAUUGCCGCCAUCAUCAUAAUCGCAGGAUUACAUCGUCAUCAUCGCCAUAAUAACUUCUAUGACAACAUGGAGUAGUACCUUAAGCUUCGAUAAUCAUUUUGUACUUUGAAUUUUUCCCCUCACUUGGCUAAACUAAGAAGCGUUAUAAUGCAUUCACGAAUAAUAAGAAUACAUUAUAACGUAUCCUACCUCCUCAUCAAGUUUGAAUUCUAGUUUGCUAUAACUAGGGGAAGAAAACAUUUCUGAUUGCUUUGAAUUUGUUUUCAGCAUCUGCCACCUUCUUACCCCACUUUGGCAAGAACGUUAUCGGUAAAGCAACAGGAUUAGAUGAGUAUUCUGCCCCUGCAGCUCUUACUAUUCUCUUUUUGUGCGUCAGUUUGGUUCUGGUCACCUUCGUACUAAAUGAAAACAACUGUUCACCGAUAGGUAGGUUUAUUCAUAUUUCUGUGGUCUUUAAGACUAGUUUAGCAAUGGAAAAUUUUGUUCUAUUUUUUUAAUACGUUCACAUUCAAUUCCUUCUUCACAUUUGUUUUCCAGGUGGCUCAGAUGCUGGCACAUCGGUAAAAAGCUUGCUCAGGUCACGUGGUGUACUUUUGGGUCUGAUGCUGUAUCUUUUGAAUGGUUUUGUGACCACAUGGGUGGGAUUUGUACUGCCUUUGAUCGCGUACAACCAUUUCCAUUUUAUAUUGCACAAAUAUGGCUGGCUAAUGGUCGGCGUGUCUGCAACAGCAACAAUAGCAUCGUUAAGCAUGGCGCAGGCGUCUAAAUCCAGUUGUAUGGGUAACAAUAGAAACGGUGACUGGAGAGCAUUGGUGAUUUCAUAUACCGUCAUGAUAAUCGCAAUAGUUAUUUGCUAUCUGGGUGGUCCUUCGGUGAGUAUCACUUACUAAAAGAUUUUACAGUAGUUGUUCGAUUCUUUUGCACGUGAUUCACUUCGAUCGUCUCUAGGCAAGAGAAGACCCAUUCUCCAUUCUCCCUCUUUUUAUAAAGAAGCGGCUAUCGUAACAUUCGGAGCCUGCCGGCCAGGUUAGACUGUGCGCCUAGAUAAAAGAAAAAAUUGGCGCAAAAUAUCUCAUCCCUGCAAAAGGAAAGUGUUAGAUUAGGAAAAUAAAAUAAUUAUUGCUCCAAGGUAACUCGUAACAAUGAUGGUAGUACGGCAGUUAUUUGGCUAUUUGAGCGUAUGUUAGAGAAGUUUAUGCAUCUUUGCUUUUCGUUUACAUUACCAGAUAAGAAGAAUGUAUGUGUUUAGGUAAUGUGAAAGAAGUUCAUAGAAAGAUAUUAAUUCUAUAUAUUAUGCGUUUCUUCAGGUUUUAAAGUCUUUACCAGUUGCAGCUAAGGAAGGGCUCUUUAUAAGCGGAGCGUUAAUGGUGUUUUUAACUUACUCUGUGGCUGGAGUGGUAUUGCCUUCAUUGAUGACCAAAUAUGUACCCAAGUCUAUGAUGGUAGGUGCACAAAGCAUCACGGGACCCAUGUUGAAAAGCACGGGAAUCUAUCAGUAGGAAUAAUUGCUGUUGUGUUUCUCCUCAUUUCUAACAAAGCGAUUUUCGUAUGACAAGUGAAUACAACGGUCACCAUAACAUCAGACAAACUGACAAGAAGCGGUGUGGCUUUCGAUGUGGAUUUCCAUAGAUCAGAGAGUUAGGUCAGACACAGGCGGACUUGAUUGGUUUAUUGCACUGAGGAAAAAGAAAAGGCGUGGCGAAGCUUAUUAAAUUGUUUUCGCGAAUUGAAGCAAUCACGCAGCGCGAUUUUGAUUGGCUUAGCGAGAUGAGACAAACGCGAGGCAAGCCCUCUGACUGAUUUAGCGAAUUUGGUCAUAAUGCUAAGAAGCGGAAAGAUUGCACGCGCUGAAAAGUUGUAAUAUCCUUCUACGAGAUAAUGAGUACUUUUUAUCCUGUCAAAUCUUGGCGGAUUAGAAUUACCACCCACAUUCGUGGAUGGGAAAGGUUUUUAAGCUAACAUGGUCAUAUUUUUCAAUUCCUCUUUCAGCCAGUUAUAAUGCCUUAUGGUAUCGCCGCAAUGUCCGCAGGAAAAGUUGUUGCUCCACUCCUUAGCAAAGCAGAGUUGGUGAUUCAGGGCUGGGACCUUCUUUUCAUGGGAUCCGCUGCUCUAACACUGGUUGGUCUGCUGUUGUUUUCUUAUCUAUAUCGCGCUCCUCAGCCUGAGGAAACACCACUUCUCCCUGAAAAAAGACAUACAGAAUCAGUAGAGGAACCUAUACUUUCUUCAGUAGAACAAGGACUCAUGAACCCACGAGGGAAAAGACUUGAAGAAGUGUCGGGAUAUUUUGAUAGAAACAAGAAAGAAAAACACAAUCAAGACGAUUAA